ACCGCGACAGUCGGAGCCGCUCAGCUUCUCGGUCAGCCCCCCGCCGUCGCCGCCGGCGCAGAAGGGAUCCGAGGCUGACUUUCGGACGGCACAAUGGGAUGACUUACAGUGAGGUGGCUCGUCAUCAUCCGGGCUACGUCCAGUGGGCUUUGAGCCAACCAAAUCCAACGGGUGGCCUUCGAACCUUCGUGGCCUGGGUGCGGGCUCGCCAGCCCCAAACCUCCAGGAGUGCCGACGAAGAGGUGUCUUGUGACAGUUCGGGGUCGGAGGUCAGCUUGACGGGUUUCGAAGAUGAUAGUGACGCAGCCAGUGAACCACCACCGAUGCAAGCCCAGGAGUUAGACCAGCUCAUGGAGCGUGCUGCAAGGCUGUCAGAAGGGAUGAUACAGCACCUCAGGAGGAGGUUGGAUCCAGGGGGUGAUGAGCCAAGGCCAUCCCGAGCCUCGGUCCUCGUGGCUGAGCUGCCUCGCGUGAGAUAUUCCGCAGGCUUGUUCAGCGGAGCACCCCAUCCUCAAAGCUGUCCGAUAUGUAUGGAGGACUUCACCGUCUGGGAAGCUGGACAGGAUGCCGAAAUUGUUAUGACUCCCUGUCUUCACACCUUCCACGUUGGAUGCCUUCAAGGUUGGUUGAAGAGGAGGCCCGAAUGUCCGACUUGCAGAUGGGACAUCACCGAUCUCGGUGCUGAGAAGGCCUUUGAUUCCAGCUGCUGCAAUGUGCCACAAGCGCGCCCUUUCGUGUUACCUAGCAACUUGGAAAUCGUGGUGUCAGACGAUGAAUGA